AUGUGGCCCAGUGUAACUUUCCACGCAGACCACCAGAAGAGAGUGGCGGCGGACAAACGUGCGCAGAAGCAACUGGUUCCAACACGGAGCCAUUGCUCUUCCAGGCAGCUGGGAGAUCAGCUCAACCGCCAGUCCACCCAAAGCGUUAACAAAAGCCGUCGAGCUCUUCGUCAGUCACGACGAGCAUCUACAGUAGCAAAGGGUUUACGCAAAUUUGGAGAUCACGGCGAGAGCAUUGCUUGUUUGGGGAGGAAGAAAAAGAGCUCCAAGCAGCGCCGGGGAGCAUCUCCAAAGCUGGAGGUGUGGCGGCCGGGGGUUGAUCCACUCGACGAAGGCGAGGAGCUCCAAUACGAGCCAUCCGCCUAUGACACCAUCCAUGCGUUUCGAUUGGGCUGGCCGUGUCUGAGCUUUGAUAUUCUGCGAGACGAACUGGGGGCGCUGCGACACGAGUUUCCUCUCACCUUGUUCUGUACUGCUGGAACGCAGGCUGCAAAGCCUGCAGAUAAUCGGCUCAUCGUUGCUAAGCUGACCAACAUCAGCGGGAAGAAAAGAGGCGUGGAGUUGGCUGCUAGUGACGAUGGCGACUCUAGCAGCAGCAGCAGCGACGAGAGUGACGACGAAGAAAUGAGCGACAAAACUCCCAAGCUUGAGGUCCGGAUGAUAGCUCACCAUGGAUGCAUCAAUCGUAUUCGUUCCAUGCCACAAGAACCAAACAUCAUCGCAACAUGGUCGGAGACCGGCGUCGUCCAGAUUUGGGACGUCAAAAGCCUCUUGCAAGAGCUCUCUUCCGGCAACGCCGGAAGCUCUUCUCGCAUUGCACACCAGGCACCCCUCCAAGUCUUUUCUGGUCACGAGGUGGAAGGAUUUGCUCUCGACUGGAGUCUAGCGCACCAAGGAUGGCUUGCAUCUGGCGAUAACAACGGAGUGAUCCAUGUCUGGCAACCAAAUCGACGCGAAUGGAUCGUUGGAGGUCGAGCUCUUGUUGGACAUUCGUCCAGCGUCGAAGAUUUGCAGUGGUGUCCGACGUUGGAUCCCUUUCGGCUUGCAUCUUGCUCUUCUGAUGGAACACUCAGGCUGUGGGAUGUGCCAACUUGUACUUGCACAGCGAUGUGGAAGAUCCACGACGCGGACGUUAACGUGAUAUCUUGGAGAUCAGAUUCGGUGCUUGCCUCUGGCGGUGACGACGGUAUCAUCUACUUAUGGAAUUUGAAGCAUUUGAAGGACGGUCCCAUAUGGAUGACAAACUACCAUUCCGCCCCAAUAACUUCCAUCGAAUGGUCUCCUCAUGACAGUUCAAUGCUGGCGGCAACCUCGGCUGACAACCAGUUAAGUGUGUGGGAUUUUUCUGUGGAAGCCGAUCCAGAAGAAGAAGCACAAGUGAAGCAAUCAGUGGCUGCUCCGAAAGGCUUGCCAGAAAGCUUGUUGUUCGUUCACCAGGGCCAAAGGGACUUGAAGGAACUUCACUGGCAUCCCCAGCUCCUAGGAACGAUUGUCUCGACAUCCUUCAGCGAUUUCAACGUUUUCAAGCCUUCCAAUCUUUAGUUUAUUAUCUCGAUGCUCUGGUUUAUAAAGAAUCCAACGCUCAAAGUCCUGCGAGAA